AUGAAGAUGGGACUGGGGGGUUCAGAUAUUAUUGAUAAAGAUAGAAACGAUGAAAGGCUAAGGUUGUUGUCUAGUCAAGUAUCAUCAGAGAAUCGCGAGAGGUACUUGAGUAUUUUAAAUGACUUCAGAACAAAUUUUGAGAAUUUUGUAAGGCGCCAUCAUGAUAAAAUAAAUUCAGACCAUCAUUUUAGGCUAAAAUUUCUGGAAAUUUGUGAUAUUUUAUCUAUUGACGUCCUGGAAUUAAGUCCGAGAAUAAGGCCUAACUUUUCUAGAGUUUUUGGAUCAGUAAGCUGGUUCUUACCGGAAAUUUGUACUUUAAUACUUGAAAUUUGCAUAAACACAAGGAACGAAAACGGCGGUAUUUGCGAGCUUAGUCACGUCCUUGAAAUGUUUCCAAAAAGCUACAAACUCACUCAGAACGAUUUACUAAAGGCCUCAAAAGAGUUUAAAGUUUUUGGUGAUUCAAUCAAAGUGCUUGAAGUAAACGACAAAUACUUCUUUGUUACUAAUCCUGACCUUUCAAACGUCCAUUGUGAAUGCAUUAAAGUGGCCACAGAACUCAAAAGAGGAAUCACCUGCUUGGAUUUGUCAAACCACUUGGGUUGGACCAUUGAAAGGUCACAAAUUGUACUCAACCAAUUAACGUCUUCACAGAUUACAUGGAUUGAUAUAAAUACAAACACAGGAAACUCACUCGAAAAUACAUAUUACUGGUUCACUUCAUUAAUUAACACCUUUUAAUAUUCUUUGUACUAUAAAAGUC